GUUGAUUCUGAUCCAGCAGUCGCGUCUCUCUCUUACACGCACGCAGGUGUGUCUUUGUCUCCGCUGCACAUGUCGCACCCACACCGUAGGAAAGAGACUAAGUAGCUCGUCCGUCUCUAAGUGCCGUGGAUCAUGUGCACACUGAGCCAGCCAAAAGAGAGCACCAACAGGCGAUCGACGGUCACACAAUGUGUCCUUAUGUUGGUCAGCACACACACACACACACACAUACGCGCUCGACUCGUACGAACGAAUCAACACAAACACCACCACGCGCCAGACACAUGUCUCAGCCCGACAAAGAAAAUCCACCCGACACACGCUGCCUGCAGCACGGAAGGCACACCACGACCGGCGAUCGAAGUCCUCUUCCUGUACACACGCCCCUCUCCCCUCCCCCCCACCCCGACCUAUGCGUGACGGAAGAGACGCGGGACCAUCGAGCAAAGCAGAAAAGAGCCAUGAAGUCACAGGUGGAGGCCUGCCUGUCUGCCUGUGGGUGUGGUGUGGUGUAGUGCGGUGUGCAAAGACGCGAGAGCGAUAGACACACAGACAGCGCAUCCUCGGUUCGGGCAAAAACUCUCAUCAGCCGUAGCCAACACCGAUUCACCGACACACACACACACACACACAGACUUAGACAGGGAGAGAAGAGGGGAAAGGCACACGCACGCAACGAAGGCCAGCCAACAACAGCGUUCGCCUUGCCCUCAAUCGCAUUCGCGAUGAGAUGAUUGCUGGUCGGCCACCCCAUCCCGCUCGCCAUCUAGGCAUCCCCCUACCGACAAAAAUGCGUGUAACCGAACGAACAGGGGGUGUCGCACCUCGCUGCCUGUCUGGUGUUCUCAUCGACCGCUUCUCCUGUCUCAUCUGUGUCCCGCCUGUGCCUGUCGCUCACCGCCCCGCACUCGGCCAUGGUCACGAAGCAUACUGCAGCCACUUGCCGUGGUGCAAUGUGCUCCGUGACAAGGCCAAGGGCGAAGCAGAGAGGGGGCUGGUGCGGGGCAUGAGACAGCGAAACAUGACCACAAAAUGGAGGGGAUUGAGAGAGAUGAACGUCGCAGUUAUGACAACAACGUGUAUGGACUUGUUGUGUGUCGGCUGGUGGUACGUGUCUGCUGUCCUGUGUGCAGCCGGCCGGCCCUCCUUGAACCUGCUCGAGAUGUGAGUGUCUGAACACAUCUUCCGCAGAUCCAAGCAGACACACUCACUCAGAACAUCAGGCACAACCACGCCCACUCACCAAAAGAAGCCACACAGCAUAAAUCCCUCGUUAGGAAACACAAGCCAUUCAUGGAUGGAUGGCUUUUCUGUCCGCUAGCUAUGCCUUUCGUCUCGUGUCGUUUCGCUCAUCUAUCUGCCCCUCUGUCUGUCUGUCUUUCGUUCUUUCUACGGUCACCGUACGCACAGCAGACUAUGUGUGUGCGGUGCGCAUGUACGUGUGAGGGUAAAAACCCGCCCGCCCCUCUCAUGGCAUGGCGGCCAGCCAGCCCAGCCAGCCAGUGAGUCAAAAUCGCCAUCCAUCCCACCCCGCCCCACCCCACCUCUCUCUCUCCCUUGGCCAUCCUCUGGUGCGGUGCAGCCGAAGAAAAAUAGCGGGCGGGCACCAUGACAUCACAAACACGCACAUCCAGACGUACACAUUGUUGUCAUUCGUCACAUCACGCCACACCCCACACCCCGGGGGAGACACACCAAGUCUCAUACGUCCCCGUGCGUCUUGCCCCUGCACUCCUCUCCCUCCCCCUCCCUCUCCCUCUCUGCAGCUACUACAGGCAAUGCCCUCGACGCUUCCUCCUUCGCACUGCACUCGGUGAUUGCCGGUGGAGACAAAGACGGUGACGAUGGCGAGGAUGGUGGCGAUGACGCCGCUCUGUCCUUCUCCCCUUGCUUGUCAGCCGCAGGAGUGUCGGUGACGGCUCCCGCCGUCUGCAGCACCGUGAUGGUGCUGACGUCCUUGUCCUCCCUCGCACCCACGGCUGCGGUGAUGGGCCUGCCAGCCGGUGUCUCGAUCUGGAUGGACUCGACGCGCGGCAGAUGCAGAGAGGGGGUGGGAGGGGGAGAAGAGGGAGAGGGAGAGGGGGAUGAGGGCGGUGUGUCUGAGGAGGUGGUGGCGGUGGUGGUUGUCUCGGCCUUGUUAGUGUCCUCUUGCUCGAGCUUGUUCAUUGGCGAGAGGCACGACAGCAGGAUGGACCAGCAGAAGCUCACACUCGCCGCGAAGGCAAUCCGAAACUGUCAGCAAGGCAAGACCCACACACAAACAAACAGAGAGGGAUGUCUGGCUGUCAGAGGUGGCCAGGCAGGCGCAGGUGAGUGAGUGCCUGCCAGACCAGACCAGACCAGACCUGCAUGGGCAUGAGUGGUCCGAAGUUGAUGAAGUUGGCGGGGAUCCAUAUCAUGGCGUAGCGCGGAAUCACACCCCCAAUCUCAUCACAGUACAUUUGCACGCCCUAACAAGCCGCACACGCACUCGCAGAUGCACGUGCAGAGAGUGUCCUUUCGUUCGUGCUCGCUCGUGUCGGCUGUUCUGUUGAAUGGUUGGUGUGUUGUUGUGUUGUGUUGUGUUGUGUUGCGUAGCGUAGCGUACGUCUGUGACAGAUUUGCCAUUGAGGACGGCCUUGAAGAGGUAGUAGUUGGGCAUGUACAGCAAAGGAAUGUACACAAAACACUCUGACAUGACAACACAACACAACACACACACAGAGGUGGCCAGCACUCACGUGAGGUUGAGUCUGUCUGUCUGGCUGUCUGUCAGUGUGGUGUCACCCCUUCUCGACUCGACUCACCGGUGAGUGUCUUCUUGAGUGCGUUGACCAGAGUGGUCGACGUGCCGUACAUACGCGUGAACACCACAUUGUACGCCCUGCACUCACACACACACACACACACAUGCCCUCCCUCCCUCUGAGUGAUCCCUCCCUCCAGGCAGGCAUCCUUCCUGACUGACCAGUGCUGUAUAGCGCCCGUCUGCACGGCUCCCCACAGAGUGAACUUGAGGUUCCUGCCGACGUCGAAUUUGUCGUUUUUCUCGACGACCAUCUGCGCGAGGCAGUCGCUGGCCGAGGCCUUGAUGGCGCAGGUGCAGAAGGCCAUCACGUACGGGUGCUUGUCGUAGUUCCGCUUGUACCAGCCGAAAAAGCCCCUCAUCGUAUCGUGGGUGGCGGGAGGGGGGUG